CAAGCUUUGAUUGGUCGUUUCCGAGAACCAACCAGGAAGUAUGUCACAAUUCACUUUAAUGACAAGUUCGCCCACCUAAACGAAACGGUAUAACUAGUUUCAAACAACGGAUGACAACAGAUGCUGCGAACCGGCAUGGGAUCACGAGACAUAUUAUUUCUUCUCAUCCUGUGUCACGUGUUUGGUGAUUGGCUGGUGGACGGACGGUGUUCCGACUUCUGCCCCGCUGCUAACGAAACACCAAAUGUCUAUGAAAGUGCACACGUGUAUGUAAAGGGAGCUCAGUUUCUGAAGCUGACGUGUUGCACGUCUGACUUCGAGUCGAUCACCUGGGAGAAGUUGAACGUUACCUCCCACGUGUGGUCGCAGUUCCCAUGGUUCAUGCCAUGUCUAGACUGUUCCGACAUCCCGAACCGCGAGACUUGUGACGCUGGCCAGGCGUACGUGGUGAGAAGCACGACACGAUGGGACACCGGGGAUUACAGGUGCAGCAUUAAAACUGCCGUGUCCGUCACGCGGAGAAGAUUUUCUGUGGAGUAUAUUGAUUGUGAAGAUCUGCACGGCCAGGUGGUCGCGGUUGAUCGCCCGUCUCCGAUUAUUAAAGUUGGAGAACACAAGAACCUGACUCUGACCUGUCGUGGAUAUUUCGGUUGUCAAUCAUCGGCCAGUGAGGAUCGGUCAGCCGAGUGGUCGUACGUAGACGCAGACGGAAUAGAGCGCUUUCUACACCACCAAUCAUGUGAUCGGCGCUUCCACGUCACACACGGCCAGAGUGGUGAUGGUAUUAUCAAAGAGUCGGUUUUGGAGAUUUCUGGAGUGCGGACCUCGGACUACAGUACCAUCUUCCACUGUAAUCUUGUUUCUGGCUCCAACGAGCGGGAAAGCUUCACUGUGGUCCUGCGUGCCCCAGAUGAAGAGGUUUCCUGGAACUUGAACAUCAUCAUCAUUGCCAGCAUCUGUGUAGCAAUUUUUGUAGGAUUUCUAGUUGCUGUGGUAACUGGCUGCUACCUACAUUAUCCACAGAUUGUCUAUCACUACAGGCGACGGUAUGACCAGUUACCGAAACGAGAUUGUCAGUUGGAGCAUGACGCCACCAUUCUGUGUAGUGAAGAAAAUGAACGGUUUGUGAAGGAGGAAAUUGAACCGAAGCUGAAGGAAUUCCAGUACAGUGUGUAUACGGAGAAACCAAACAAACAGGAGAUUGGCCCCAAGGCGGACGCCAUAGAGCGAAGUUUCUGCACGAUGGUGAUCUUUUCUCAAGCCGAGCUCGACGAUGGGGCUUUCUCGUUUCUCUUUAACGUGGCUGCCACGUACAACGGGCUUAGCAUAAUUGUCAUCGAACGAGAACCCAUUCCACGGCAGUUUUGGCAGAGCGCUAAAAACCAGUUAAAGCGUCAUUCCCAUGAGGACGAAACUCUCAGACAUCUUCCAAAAAUUCUGAAAACUGUCCGAUGGCCAGGAACAGAUUGCAAAAACAAACGCAAGAUUAACAAUUUCUGGGCCGAAAUAAAGGCCAGUCUGCCAGUUCCGCACGAAUACAAAAGAAAACGGACAAACUCCCAAAAAUCUCAGAGUUCCACAAGACCAUUGCUUUCAAGUGGGGCGUAUUCUUCAGCUGUUGUCGACAUAAAACUAAACGACGACGAUGAUGUUUUUGUUCCAUAUGGAAGCGUCGGUUCACGGGUUCCACAGAAUAUAUCCCAUGAUGCAAAGCGCACAUCCUCAUUAUCACGGACACCUCCAGCAAUAUGUUUUUCUGAUGACAGCAGCACUUCAUCUCAAACUGACACAGUGGAUAGAGAUGGCAGUAACUCGGCCGAUGUAAAAUAUCCGACCAUUAGCUCUCGGGGAAAGGAAAUAAAUAUCAGUGAUGGCGUCGUCGAGGAUAACGCCAAUGGUAACCAUGACAGUCAGCCAGGACGUCUGUAUCCCCACAACAAAAGAGGAACGAACACACAAUUAUCGGCAGAUAGCGGAUACGCAACAUCCCUGGCAUCUGUUGGUUCUGAUGUCAUCGUGCCAGUACAAAGUUGCUGA